ACUAACACUUGCUAACACGUACGAACUUGUGUUUAUCUACUUUUCUUUCAAUUAUUGUCAAAAAUUCUUUCAUUCCAUUCCAUCACUUAUUAAUGAAUAAAUAAUCAGCGACACAGUUUUUACAUCCAAAUAUUUUGAAUAUGCUCGCCUUACGAGAUUAUGGCAGUAGUGAUGACAACGGUGAAUCGGACGACGAAGUGAACACGAAAGAGGUUAACAAUUCGAAAGAUCCGAAUAUCAUUUCGAAUAAGAAUCUGAGUACUGAUGGAUCUCUCGGAAAAAUUGUAACUACCCUGGCUCUACAGAUAUGCGCGGCUCCAGAAGUUGUCCCUAUGGGUUCGGAACUGUGUAAGCGCCACAUAGAUUCAACCAGUCAAGAAGUCAUGCACAAUCCCAAAUUUGAAGAACUGUUUACACCUGAUGUAGGACCUGAAAAUCCAUUUAGAACUCAGCAACAGAAAGCAGCAAAAAAUAUGCUUUCCGGAUAUGUUGAGAAGGCACACAUCAGCGAAUUUCAGUUUGAAAAUCAAAGAAGAACAUUUGCAAGCUAUGGUUAUGCUUUGGACCCGACGGUCGAUGGUUCUGCUGAAGAAGGGAAAACACUGAUAGGAGCAAAGGAAGCAGCAGUAGAGACUGGAGCAAAAACAGUUUUUGAAAGUACGGCUUUAAGGGAUGCGGAUAAGAGGAAGAGAAAGAAAAAUGACGAUGCUGCGGAUAUAGAAGGUUUCCUUGGCCCUUGGGGCGGUUACAUAGACGAAAAACGAAUAAUGAAGCCUAGUGACGAAGAGGCAGCCGAGCUGGAAGAAAUUUUAGCAAAAAGGAACAAGAGAGGCAAAACAACUGAGGAGAAACCAUUGGAAGAGAAAACUGUUCUGCAUAUCAAGGACAGUGUGGAUUACCAAGGUCGAACGUUCUUACACGCCCCCCAAGAUGUCGGGGUCAAUUUACGAUCAGAAUCACCACCUGAGCGAUGCUUUUUACCCAAAGCCCAAAUCCACACGUGGGAAGGUCACACGAAAGGAAUUUCUCAAAUCAAAUGGUUCCCAAAGACCGCUCAUUUAUUAUUGUCUUGCAGUAUGGAUUGUCGCGUGAAAUUAUGGGAAGUUUACAAAGAGAGAAGAUGUGUUCGAACGUACUACGGUCAUCGACAAGCAGUUCGGGAUAUAAGUUUCAACAACGAUGGCAAAAACUUUUUGUCAGCCGGUUACGAUCGUUACGUGAAGCUAUGGGACACCGAAACGGGCGAGUGCAUAAGUCGUUUUACGAGCAGAAAAAUUCCUUAUUGCGUGAAAUUCAAUCCGGACACGGACAAACAACAUUUGUUCGUCGCAGGAACGAGUGACAAGAAAAUUAUUUGCUGGGAUACAAGAUCUGGUGAAAUAACUCAAGAGUACGAUCGUCAUUUAGGCGCUGUUAAUACUAUCACAUUUGUCGAUGAAAACCGGAGGUUCGUCACGACUUCGGACGAUAAAAGUCUUCGAGUCUGGGAAUGGGAUAUACCGGUAGACAUGAAAUACAUAGCAGAUCCGACGAUGCACUCGAUGCCUGCGGUCACACCGUCUCCAAAUCAAAAAUGGCUCGCCUGUCAAUCGAUGGACAAUAAAAUCGUCAUCUUCUCAGCCCUAAAUCGCUUCAAAAUGAAUCGAAAGAAAACUUUUACUGGACACAUGGUUGCUGGUUACGCUUGCGGUUUGGAUUUCUCGCCAGACAUGAGUUAUCUGGUGUCUGGCGACGCGGACGGUAAAUGUUACGUAUGGGAUUGGAAGACGACAAAACUUUACAAAAAAUGGAAAGCACACGAUGGUGUGUGCAUUUCGGCGCUGUGGCACCCCCACGAGCCGUCGCGUCUCGCGACUGCCGGAUGGGACGGAAAAAUCAAAUACUGGGAUUGAAAUUCUUGUUAUAUUUUUCCCUCUCUUCAAUUUCAGUAUAUUCGUGUAUAUUAUGUAUGUAACUAGAGGAACAUUUGUACAUACGUGUGACACAUUUUAUGCACGAUUAAAAAAUUAAUUUUUUAAGUUA